AUGCAGAGAUCGCCGCUCGGCUACGGCGCACAGGACGAUCCGCCCGCCCGCCGCGACUGUGCAUGGGCCCCGGGCCCCGGGGCCGCCGCUGAGCCGCGCGGCCUCCCCGCCGUCCCCGCCGUCCCCACCGCGCCCGCCGCGCCUGCCUCGCCACCCAGCCCGCCGCGCAGCCCGCCUCGCAGCCCCGAGCCGGGGCGCUAUGGUCUCAGCCCGGCCGGCCGUGGGGAACGCCAGGGGACCGACGAGUCGCGCAUCCGGCGGCCCAUGAAUGCCUUCAUGGUGUGGGCGAAGGACGAGCGCAAGCGGCUGGCGCAACAGAACCCAGACCUGCACAACGCGGUGCUAAGCAAGAUGCUAGGCAAGGCGUGGAAGGAGCUGAGCCCGGCGGAGAAGCGGCCCUUCGUGGAGGAGGCGGAGCGGCUGCGCGUGCAGCACCUGCGCGACCACCCCAACUACAAGUACCGGCCGCGCCGCAAAAAGCAAGCGCGCAAGGCCCGGCGGCUGGAGCCCGGCCUCCUCCUCCCAGGCUUGGCGCCACCGCCGCCGCCGCCGCCUCCCGAGCCCUUUCCCGCGGCUACGGGCCCGGCCCGGGUCUUCCGCGAGCUGCCGCCGUUGGGCGCCGAGUUCGACGGUCUGGGGCUGCCCACACCGGAGCGCUCGCCGCUGGACGGCCUGGAACCCGGCGAGGCCGCCUUCUUCCCUCCGCCCGCGGCGCCGGAGGACUGCUCUCUGCGGGCCUUCCGUGCGCCCUACGGUUCAGCCGAGCUGCCCAGGAACCCAGGCGGCUGCUUCGGGGCGCCCCCGGCCGAGGCGCUUAGGACCGCGCCUGGCCCCGCCGCGCCGCUUUGCGGCCUCUACUACGGCGCCCCCGCGCCCGGCCCGGGCCCCUACCCCGGCCCUCUGUCGCCACCGCCCGAAGCCCCGCCCCUGGAGAACGCGGAGCCGCUGGGACCCGCCGCCGACCUAUGGGCCGACGUGGACCUGACCGAGUUCGACCAGUACCUCAACUGCAGCCGGACUCGCCCCGACGCCGCCGGGCUCCCGUACCACGUGGCGCUGGCCAAGCUGGCCCCACGCGCCAUGUCCUGCCCCGAGGAGAGCAGCUUGAUCGCCGCGCUGUCCGAUGCCAGCUCUGCUGUCUACUACAGCGCCUGCAUCUCUGGAUAG